UUAUUUGGUUUGUCUCAUUCUUUUCCUAAGGUUCAAAUGUGGAAAUUGCCCUGGAUGUGGUUGCUGCUGCUGCUCUGGGAAAAUGCCUUGAUAGGAAAUUAACACCAUUCAGUGAUGGGCUGUGGGACAAGCAAAGUGCUUCCCGAGCCCCCCAGAGAUGUGCAGUUAGAUCUGGUGAAAAAAGUUGAACCUUACACAGGCCACAGUGAGAUAUACAAGCAUUUCAUCAAGGAUGACUGCGGGAUCAAAGCUGGCUCUCCCUCACCUCCACAGCAUGCUAACCCGUACCCUGGGAACCACUUGCCUAUCCACUUGGACCAGCCUGAGCCCCGCAAGAACAAAGUGGCUAAAUACCGUGCCAAGUUUGACCCCAGAGUGACAGCAAAGUAUGACAUUAAAGCCCUGAUUGGGAGAGGGAGUUUUAGCCGCGUUGUACGGGUGGAACACAAGGCCACCAAGCAGCCCUACGCCAUCAAGAUGAUAGAGACCAAAUACCGGGAGGGGAGGGAAGUGUGUGAGUCGGAGCUUAGUGUGCUACGCCGGGUUCGCCACACCAACAUCAUUCAGCUCAUUGAGGUGUUUGAGACCCAGGACCGUGUGUACAUGGUGAUGGAAUUGGCAACUGGAGGAGAACUGUUUGAUCGAAUCAUUGCUAAGGGCUCCUUCACUGAGAGAGAUGCUACACGCGUGCUGCAGAUGGUGUUGGAUGGUGUGAAGUAUCUGCAUACGCUGGGUAUCACACACCGGGACUUAAAGCCGGAGAAUCUGCUGUAUUACCAUCCCGGAACAGAUUCCAAAAUCAUGAUUACGGACUUUGGGCUGGCGAGUGCUCGGAAGAAGGGAGAUGACUGCCUGAUGAAAACCACGUGUGGGACCCCGGAGUACAUUGCUCCCGAGAUCCUGGUCAGGAAGCCAUACACGAACUCUGUGGACAUGUGGGCGCUGGGUGUCAUCUCCUACAUUCUCCUCAGUGGCACUAUGCCCUUUGAAGAUGACAACCGCACCCGCUUGUAUCGGCAGAUCCUGAAAGGAAAAUACAGUUACUCAGGCGAGCCCUGGCCCAGUGUUUCCAACCUGGCCAAGGAUUUCAUUGAUCGUCUACUCACGGUGGACCCCAGUGACAGGAUGACAGCCCUUCAGGCACUGAAGCACCCAUGGGUGGUCAGCAUGGCAGCCUCUUCCUCCAUGAAGAACCUACACCGUUCCAUCUCGCAGAACCUUCUCAAGAGGGCGUCUUCCCGCUGCCAGAGCACCAAGUCCGCCCAGUCCACCCGCUCCAGCCGCUCCACCAAAUCCAACAAGUCACGGCGGGUUCGGGAGCGGGAGCUGCGUGAGCUCAACCUGCGCUACCAGCAGCAGUACACUGGCUGAGCACUGGGCUGGGACCUGCCAGGCAUCUUCACACAUGUCUUCUCUGCAGUGUAGGUGUGCAGCAUCCACACACUCAAUGAGGAACAUCUAGGUUCCUUCUUCUCUCCCUCCAGGUGUCCCCCGCCAUGAGGAGGUGUCCUUACCAUGAGGAACCUCGUCAUGGCUAUUACCCUGCAAGCUGUGCCACAGGGGUCUCGUGUCUGAAACGGGGGAGCCCUUGUGGAUCAGAGCACAACUCAAGAGUCUCAAGUAAUACACAAAUUAAGGAGCCACAUAGGGAGAAAAGCUCAUUCUGUAGUCCAGGAGCUUGGUUGUUCAUAGUUAUUUAUUAAUUCCAGAGCAUUAAGUUUCUCUCGCAUAUAAAAAAGGAAGGAAUCACUUUUAAGUGGAUGCACACACACCUUAAGUGUGUGCACAGACACGUGUGGGUGUGUAUCUGGUUUGAAAAUGAUACAUACACAGAGUUGGAGCAGGUUUAGUUGGAUCUGUGGUGCCUUGGUAGUGAGGCUGUUACGAAUCAUAGCAUCAGAAGUAGGAUAGCUCUGAUUCACUAGUGUGCUGCACACCAACUCCUCGCUGAAGUGAUGCCAGUUUUCUGGGAUGUCUGGGAAGCUGUGAGGUUUCUCCAAGGGCUGCCAUCCACUCACAGCAUUGAGGGAUUACUGGAGCUGCACCAGAACUGCUGUGCAAUUUGGGAACAAGGCUGAAAUGCUGUGAGCUCGGAGCUUAGAGUCUGGCUCCUUGGAUCUGGACAAGGGGUGCUACUGGUGGAAGGGUGGGAAGAUGAUCAUUGUCCUGCAGGAACUUAAUGGUACACAGAGAGAUGUCUUUGGCAAGGCAGGAUUUUGGGGGGUUCCUUGCUGUCUCUCUUGAAUUAGCCCUCCCAUAUUUGCAUCAAGAACAGUGCCUCCCAGGCAGGGUUUGUUCUUGCCGUGACCUGCCCCUGUCACAUGUGUUUUUUGCCCCUAACACCAGCAUUACCAACUGUGUCACUUCACCAAAGCUUUAGUGGUUCCAGGUCUUGCUCUCUGCAGGUUUUACAAGGCUCCCCUGCUUGCAUGCCUACUUUGCCCUGGUACUGCUGUCCCUCCUCUGGGACAGUGAAGUGGUGGUGGGAGAUGUUGGGAUAGCCAUAGAUGGCUCCAUAGCAUCAGGGUAGGGGUUUGAGUAUUGGAGGCCCAGUCCUGGAGUGUCAGCAGUGACAAUACCCUGGAGAUACUAUGUUAACACUUUAGAUCUGCUGGGGGGUGACUUAAAUUCAACAGGAAAAAAGCUGCCUUUCAGUUUUCUUGGGCUGUGUGUCCGCUGUGGGGGCCUCUUGUGAAGGACCUUGCAGGGGAGGUGGGAGCUUUAGAGCUGAGCUUUGUGCAAGCCUGCUGAGAUACCUCCCCAACUAGUUAGAGCAGUACAUUGGGGCUGAUGGCACAGUGUCAGGGUAGAUUUGGCCUCUUGUGGUAGCAGAUACAAGACAUGCAGUGAAGGAGAAUGUUGGCUUGGAAACUUUUCAUAUGAAACCCUACAGUUUGCUUUAUGCUGUGCACUUGGAAGUGCUUGCUUGGCUCUGAGCUGGAGAUACAGGCUAUGCAAGCUCAAGGGCUGGUGAGCAUGGCCUCUCCACCCAAGACUGAUGUCUGUGCCACCACAUUUUACUGUCAGCAAGGUUUUAAGUGGUUGCUCACAGGGAGCUUCAAAAGCAGCUCAACCUCAGUGGGGGAAAAUUGAGUUUGCUGUGCUAAGAUGGGCUAUAACCACUGUGAGCGCAGCCUGUGAGCCUAGGUGAUGGGGAAUACAGCAGAGGACACCUGAGAACAGGAGGUGUGUGUAGCAGUGGUGAAUUCCAAAUCCUUUGCAUGGUUUUGCGUAUUAUUCUUAGAACUGUGCAUCCUUUGCAGGCUGCCCUUUCUCUGAGUAGCUAUCCUAUGCAUGGUCUUUCUUCCAUCAGCUUUAGCAGAUACCACAGAAUUACCUAAAAUUGGGGAGGUUUUUCAGCUCUGUGGAUUGCAAAAAAAAAAAAAAUUCUUCAGCUUCUUUUACCUUCUCGCAUAGUUUUUCCUUGGUCAUUAUUAUGAACUGUAAGCUGGAUGUGAUUUCUGAUACCUGGCAAAACAGGCAGCUUGCCUUGUCUUGUUUCAUAAACAAUUCAGUGCCCCUCAAGAUGACUCUCCAAAAGCAGCAACCAUGCUACAACAAGUAGCAACUGGAAAAUUCUUCUUUCCCUGUAUGUUAAGAGAUGACAGGAUGCUCCCAGAGGGCUUUGAGCUUAUAAGAGUCUUGGAGCAUCUCACAGGCACUGUGCUCCCUUUUGCCUCCUGGGUACUCUCAAGGCCAUCCCCAGAUUAUUUUACACCAUGUGUAGCCUUAAAAGAGGUGUUUUGCCUGUAUGAGGUCAAAGUGAUGAACUGAGCCAAGACCUCUAGAACCUGAGACCCUUCCCUUUAACCAUUAGGCUAACCAAAAUGCACAGGCAUUGUACAGGUGUCUGCCCAUACUGCUCCUUCAUGUGUUCUCUUGUGGGGUGGGAUCCAUGAAGAUGGAGAUGAGGUCAGGAUGUUGAGUUCUGCUUUGACCAUGCUUGUUUCUCCACCUUCACAAACAGAAGAAGAAUCUCAUCUGUGUCAGUUCUUGCUUUGUUGCUCUUUUCAGCAGUUGGUGGAAGGAGGAGUUCACAGUGAUGUCACUGGAGGUGAUUUUGGGGUGGAAUAUGUUUUGGGAAGCACGAUAUUGCUAUGUAGCUUCCUAACAGUGUCAAGUCAUCAAGUGAUGAUGGUCUAGGACUGGGAAGUGAAUUGGCAGAAGGGAGGAUCCUUCACUGACAGGAGCAAUACUGGAGAGCUGCAACCCAUCUUCUUGAGAUGUGGAGAUGUUUGUGGUCCUCAGGCAUGCCUCUGCUAGGGAACUGCACCAAAGAGGACCAAGUCUAUCCCAUAGGGGGCUUUGACUUUUAUAUAAAGAUAACUCUAAUUCUCUUGACAAAUGCAAUGUAUUCUUAUUUGCAUGGAAAAAUCAAUAUAAACAUAGGGAAAAUCUGUAUGGGCUUUCCUUAGAUCAUUUUAUUAUAACACUCCUGUCUCAAUCCCUCUUCUUUUUCUAAAUUCAGCAUUUUCAGGACCUCUUGUACCCAGACAAUGACAUGUGUGGUCAGAGGUGCACUAGCAGAGCUCCAUCCAACUGACCCUUGGAGUCCUUGGUGAUCUUUCUGUUUUCACUCUAUCUGCAAAGCUGGAGUGGUCCAAA